CAGCUGCCUCUCUGAAAUAUGCAUUUUCUAGGGGUGUUCUCUUUUAAAUUCGUGCUUGCCGCCCUAAAUCCUAAGGGAUAAAGAGGACCAGUUUUAAGACUUUUUGAAUGAGCUGAAACUACAACUCCCAGAAUCCCACCGACUCACGGGAAAAGCGUCUACUCUCGAACAAAGUCUCCAUUCAAGGCUGGCCGGCAGUAAAACGCCAGCGCGGAACAUAGCCAAUGCCCUGUUGAGCAAAAAAACAUAACUUCGUUCUUCAGCUAGAGAAAGACGAGGGACUGCACAGGAUGUGUGCCGCAUUAGCGAAGCCUGUCCUCUAUACUUAUUUCAGAAGUUCCUGCACCUGGAGAGUGAGAAUUGCACUGGCUCUGAAAGGAAUUGUCUAUGAUUCAGCACCUGUCAAUCUUGUGAGGGAUGGAGGGCAGCAGCUGACAUCAGAGUACCAAGCAGUGAACCCAAUGCAGCAAGUCCCAGCCCUCAAAAUUGAUGGCAUCACCCUCGCGCAGUCAAUAGCAAUAAUAGAGUACCUGGAGGAGACGCGUCCAAAACCUAGUCUCCUGCCCCAGGAUCCAAAGAAGAGAGCCCAGGUGCGGAUGAUCUCAGAGCACAUUGCUUCUGGAAUUCAACCCUUGCAGAACUUGAGUGUCCUGCAGCAAUUGGGUGAGAAGAAGCAAGACUGGGCAAAUAACUGCAUUUCUCGUGGUUUCAAAGCUUUGGAGCAGAUCCUGCAUGAAACAGCUGGGCGCUACUGUGUUGGGGAUGAGGUAACCAUGGCUGACCUAUGCUUGGUCCCCCAAGUUUUCAAUGCCGAGAGGUUUAAAGUGGAUCUUACACCAUUCCCCACAAUAAACAGAAUCAACAAAGCUCUCUUGGAAUUAGAAGCGUUCCAAACCAGCCACCCAUCACGGCAGCCAGAUACCCCUUCAGAACUAAGAGUCUAAAGCUGCCCCAUUUUCUUAGUGAGGAGGAUUUGGGCAGAUUUUUUUUUAAAAAAAAUAUAUGAUUAUGUUUUUUUAUCUUGUGAACUGCCAUGAGACCUGCAGGUGGUAUAUAAAUUUAAUAAAUAGUAAUAUUUUUCCCAUAAAGGGACUCUCCUAUGUGCCACCAUCUAGGAAGAACCACAACUUGAAUGAUUUCCUGCUAAGAGAGGGAGAUGCACUCCACCAGCAUGUUUUAUUCUGGUUUUAUUCUGUGAACAGCCCUGAGACCCUCGGGUAUAGGGUGGUAUAUAAAUUCAAUAAUAAUAAUGAUGAUGCAACUACAUUAAAGCACUUAACAAGACCUAACCCUUGAUCAUGUUUUGACAAUUGUAAAAGGAAAUUAAAAGAAAAAAGAGGUUCUGACUAUUCUGUGUGUGAGGUUCAGUUGAUAUUAUCUUGCUUGUUAUACUCUAGGUGGCAAAGGUACCAUCCUGCUGGCUGGACUGCACAAAAAUUUAGACAAAACAGCAGCUUAACUACUUUUAACAAAUAACUUCCUCAGUAGCACCCCAGGCAGCAAGCAAGCAAGCUUUUUUUUCCUGUCCAAAGGCCUAAAUCAUAAAUCCCAUUUAUUUACGUUGUAGAAGUAAAUGGAAAAGCCUUCUGCAUAGGAGACAGCUGCUAAGAUGCAGAAUUGCGGAGAGAUCUAUGGGAUCAGGGCUGCCAGACUGGGGGCUAAAGUAGUGCCUGCCAGCCAAAUUAAGCCCACGGCCACAUCAUCUCAAAAUAGCAAAGAGGUUAUGGUGAAAAUGGGAGUUGGUGCAAUACACUGGCAGGAACUAGGCAUCUUCUGAAUCUCACAGGGGCUGAAGUUUUUCCUUGGAGAGGUCAGAACACACUUCUGUGAAGUAUUAAAGUAAUUCUACAGCAAGAAAGAGGUGGAUUAUGUGUAUAAAUUAAGCAAAUGUGCGUGAUUUAGGAGGUUCUGGGAAUGCAAUUGCUUCUCUCCAUGCCUCCAGCAAAGUUUCAUAGCAUAAAUAGAACAAAGACAGAUUUCUUUUUAUCACAA